AUGUCGAGCCGCCCUACGAAGCAAUUCUCCCUUGACGACGCGUUACUCGGCUUCAUUGGAGCUAAUACCCCACCGUCAGAAACAAUUGACCAUGCUGUUCGCUUUCUUGGGACCUACUCAGGCACAGAUAAAUUCCUCAUGGCAACGCAAUAUAUGGCCAAAUUCAUCGCGCCAUUCAUCCUCUAUCGCGCCCAGCUCCAGUUCCGCGCCGGCAAGCGCCCCAAACCUGUUUCAUUAACAGAGGAAGGUCUUUUCAAGUUUGCGGGCCAGAUUAGCGCGGCGCGGCGAAUAAUGGGCUUCCCUAACAUCCUCUACUUCAUUAAAGCUCUAUCGGCUUUGGAACGCAAUCCACCUGCGUCGCGACUGAUACUCAACGUUGGCCGCAUCCAAUGCCUUUCCAUGCUCGUCUUCUACCCCCUCGAAUACGUGUCUUUCUUCUCUGCCCCCGCCUCUGGGCCCCUUCUCCGCAUCUCUCCCAAGGACGCAUUGUUUGCUCAGCUCUGGAGUGUGCGUGCUUGGCUGGUGUUUACCGCUUUCAAAAUCGUUGAACAAGCACACGACCUGAUUGCCCUCCUGCGUAAACACACCUACCACAAAGAUGAGGCUGAGCGCGCAAAAAUAGCGAAACGAAAGUUCCAUCUUACCUACGCGCUUAUCUCGAAUGUCGUCCGUCUCCCGGUGAUCUUGCAUUGGUCCGUUAUUGGUGGUAUAUAUAAGAACGAGAUCUGGACGUCUGGUUUGUCGCUGGUAUCUGCACUUGCUGCUUUGAAAGGUGGAUGGGAAAGUACUCGGUUGUAA